AUGGUGCAUUAUCCUGUUCUCAUCGUCAAAACUGUGUCCGCUUCCAAGGAGAGGAGCGGCGUGUCUCUCGCCGCCCUGAAGAAAGCUCUCGCCGCCGGUGGAUACGAUGUGGAGAAGAACAACUCCCGCGUCAAGAUCGCCAUCAAGAGUCUGGUGACUAAAGGGACUCUGGUCCAGACCAAAGGGACCGGCGCCUCCGGAUCAUUCAAGCUCAACAAGAAACAAGCCGAGAGCGAGAAGAAACCCGCCAAGAAAGCCGCUCCUGAAGUCAAGAAGGCCGCAGUCAAGAAACCAGCCGCCGCCAAGAAGCCCAAGAGUGCCGCGACUAAGAAACCUGCCGCCAAGAAAUCCCCCAAGAAGGUGAAGAAACCCGCAGCCGCUAAAAAGGCAACGAAGAGCCCCAAGAAGGCAAAGAAACCAGCAACCCCCAAGAAAGCCGCCAAGAGCCCCAAGAAGGCCAAGACUGUCAAACCCAAAGCGGCAAAGCCGAAAGCAGCCAAACCUAAAAAGGCCGCGCCUAAAAGAAGUAGAUGA